AUCCCAUGAAUGAAUGGAAAGUGAAUGCCAAUCCACCAAGUCUAAGAUGAGCUCCACAUGUUUGGUCCAAACACUUAAAGCCUUCGAACGGUCCGCAUUUAAACAAUGUCCCAAUGGCAAUAACUUGGAUCAAUACAUUGUAGUUCUGAGUUCUAACACACUUACACCCCAAUUCCAACCCCAAUUCUUCCCUCAAGCACACUGAGAAAGAGAGAGAAAGAGUGAGAAUAUUGAAAUGGGUUCAUCAAUAGAUUCCCCCAACUCCCCUCAAUGUCCUUCCUUUGCAAUAAGAGAUGAAACCCACAACAGGUUCCUCAGAAGCAUCUCCACCAAAGAACCCUCCUUCUCAGAGCUUCCCCACACCCCAUCUCGCCUCAGCUCCGGCUCCCUCUCCUCCCCAUGCCACCACACCGCCUCUCUCCCUUCAUCUCCCCGCCACUCCUUCGCCCCACCAAGCUCAAGCUCGACCAUGACCACCUACCCACCUCCCACAGGUGCGUCUCUUCUGUCCUCAAAAAAGACGGGCAGAUCCUCUCCAUAGCAGCUUCCAACGGCCUCGUCUACACGGGCUCCGAGACCAAUCUCGUGAGGGUGUGGAAGCUGCCGGAGUUCACCGAGUGCGGCCAGCUCAAGACCAAGGCCUGCAUGGUGGUUGCACUUGAGGUUUCCAAUGACAGGGUUUAUGCAGCCUAUGCUGACGCCAAGAUUAGGGUCUGGCGCCGGACUUGGGACGGAGCUCCCAAGCAUGUCCGCUUGGCCACUAUUCCCAGGACCGGAAUCUAUGUCCGGGGCUACAUCUCCGGCAAAGACAAGAUGAUGAAACAUAUGGGGGCUAUAACAUCUCUGGCAAUGAAUAUAUCUGAUGAUAUUUUGUACUCAGCUUCCCUUGAUAAAACAGUGAAAGUAUGGAGGAUUUCAGACCACAAAUGCAUUGAGACCAUCCAAGCCCACACUGACCCAGUCAAUGCCAUUGUGGUGGCUGAUGAUGGAGUCCUCUACACUGCCUCCGAUGAUGCCACGGUGAGAGUCUGGCGGCGCAAUUUUUGCAGCGGGGAUAGGCCUCAUUCCCUCACUGUCACCCUCCCUGCCAAGAACUCGCCCGUGAAGACUCUGAGCCUAACUGGUGAUGGGUCAGUCUUGUAUGGUGGCUGCACUGAUGGCUACAUACAUUACUGGCACAAGGGCUGGUUCUCAGGCCAGUUGCAGUAUGGUGGUGCCCUCCAGGGCCACACUCAUGCGGUGAUGUGCUUAGCCACUGUGUCCAAUUAUGUUAUAAGUGGCUCAGCUGACUCUACAUGUAGGGUUUGGACUAGAGAGCAGGAUGGUCAGCACAAGUGCCUAGCAGUGUUGCAAGGUCACAGAGGUCCUGUUAGGUGUGUUUCCGUUUUGCCAGCACGUGCUAGGGAUGAUGGUGAAGAUGGCUGCAGCAUUUGCACUGGAAGCCUUGACGGCAUCCUAAAGGUGUGGCAUGUUAGCCCUAAGGGCAAUGCAGGGAGGCGUUCUCCACAGAAUGGCUGAGUAUUUUGAGGUCUAAGCGGACUGAAGAUUUGUGUUACAAUUGUACAGUGUAUUAUUAUGUGAAAUAUGAGCUUUUCAAGCUUGUAGUACUAGUAGUUCACCUUUCUAUGUUCUUAUACCUUGAGACUUUUUUUUA